UCGCGCCAUCUGCCGUCAUAUCAGCUUAUGGCGCCGGUCGCUGAUUGGCUGGCCGCUCCAGCCUCCCGGCCCGCUUGCUGGCUGCCCACCUGCUAGGGCAGUUUGCAGAGCAGCGGCGUGCCGAGCGGCGGCGGACCACCUCCAGGGGCUAAGUGAUGGAUCUUGUACUCAGAGUUGCAGAUUACUAUUUUUUUACACCAUACAUAUAUCCAGCCACAUGGCCAGAAGAUGACAUCUUCCGACAAGCUAUUAGUCUUCUGAUUGUAACAAAUGUUGGUGCUUACAUCCUUUAUUUCGUCUGUGCAGCACUGAGCUAUUAUUUUGUCUUUGAUCAUGCAUUAAUGAAACAUCCACAAUUUUUAAAGAAUCAAGUCCGUCGAGAGAUUAAGUUUACUGUCCAGGCAUUGCCAUGGAUAAGUAUUCCUACUGUUUCACUGUUCCUGCUGGAGUUAAGAGGUUACAGCAAAUUACAUGAUGACCUAGGAGAGUUUCCAUAUGGAUUAUUUGAACUUGUCGUUAGUAUAAUAUCUUUCCUCUUUUUCACUGACAUGUUCAUCUACUGGAUUCAUAGAGGCCUUCAUCAUAGACUGGUAUAUAAGCACCUGCAUAAACCUCACCAUAUUUGGAAGAUUCCUACUCCAUUUGCAAGUCAUGCUUUUCACCCUAUUGAUGGCUUUCUUCAGAGUCUGCCUUACCAUAUAUACCCUUUUAUCUUUCCAUUACACAAGGUGGUUUAUUUAAGUCUGUACGUCUUGGUUAAUAUCUGGACAAUUUCCAUUCAUGAUGGUGAUUUUCGUGUCCCCCAAAUCUUACAGCCAUUUAUUAAUGGCUCAGCUCAUCAUACAGACCACCAUAUGUUCUUUGACUAUAAUUAUGGACAAUAUUUCACGUUGUGGGAUAGGAUUGGCGGCUCAUUCAAAAAUCCUUCCUCUUUUGAGGGGAAGGGACCACUCAGUUAUGUGAAGGAGAUGACAGAGGGAAAGUGCAGCAGCCAUGCAGGAAAUGGCUGUAAGAAUGAAAAAUUAUUCAACGGAGAGUUUACAAAGACUGAAUAGAUUAUUGCCCAGUUAUUCUUAAGUAAGGACAAAGAAGGAAAUACCAUAUUUCUUUUUUUAAUAAGGAAAAAAUAAUCUCCAUACAGCCAAGAUACAUAGUUAAGUAAAUGGUAUCAUUUGGAAAUCAGCAUCGUGGGCACUGCUGAGGAAUGAUCCUAGUGGUAGGUCAGAAGAAGAUGCUGUGAACGCCAGGAUUUUAAUCUUAUGCUUAAAAUGCCAGAUGUUGUUCAGGGGACAACUUGUAUCUUUCUAGCAGCAGAUCUUUAGUUUGUAUAGCCUCAACAACAAUUUUAAAUAAGAUGGAGAAUAAGUUAUUGAGGGGACUAGGCUAUAUGCAUUUGCCUUCAUCCACCCAUUUUUAUUAAGAAUCAUUGUGCUUAAUAAUACCAAGACUAAGCACUAUAACCAAGAAAUACUAAUAUAAAGAUUGUUUCUUGCUUCAGGAAUGGUUAAUUCUUCAAUGUUGGUAUGAUAAUGAUAACUUGUAGUACUUUAUUCAAGUAAAAACAUCAGUGUGGAAAAGAAUUCUGAUACAUUAGCAGCUAUGUAAAUGACCUGAUUGAUAGCAGGUGUAAUAAGACUAGCGUCUUCCUACACAUAGGAGGCUCAUUCUCUGGGCACACUGUCACCUAUUACAUUUUACUGAUUAAUAAAUAAAUUGGAAUCUAAAAAUAUCGAUAUCACCAUGAUUUAAUCCAGAUCUGGGAUUAUGUAACUAAACAUUGUGAUGAUUAUUAUUUAAAACCAUUAUUUAAUAAGAGUAAAAAUAUGUGAAUCUGGAUAUAUUUUAAAAAAGAAGUUUGAUGCCCAGAUAAUAUAUUAGGCACUACUGAUUUUUUAGUUAAAUUGAGGCACUACAGUUUUGAUGUUUGAAAGUUACAAACCUGUAAUUUUUUUGUAAAGCAGAUAAUUGCCAAAUACCUAGGCCCAUUGCUGAUGAUUAGUUUUAAAAUCUUAUUCCUCCUCUUCUCCCCUCACUUUUCCCUACUUCCUCUGCAAAAAGAUUUAGCAAAUACUUUCAUAAGGAAAUGUGUGUUGUAACAAAUAUACUGCAAAAACAUAGUUUGUAAAGGCAUUCCAUAAGCUAUUUAUGUAAAAUCAGUAAAAGUUGAUCAUUAUAAUUAAACUGUAUCAGUUAAAUAUUAUAGCAGCACAGAGUAUUCUUUGUACAGAUUUUGUACCAAUUUGAAGCCACAGAAAUGAUGUGGAUUGUUAAAUGUGUUUCAGAACAUCCCCAGACACUCAGUGUCACAGGGGGAAAGAAGUGGGUACCACAUUCUGUUUAUAUUUCACAUUUUAACUAGAUUUGAGUGUUUUAGCAAGAAAUCAGUCUUAAAAUCUAAUGUCUGGGAUCCAGAAGGAAAUGUCUUUAAUCUGUGAGUUAUUGUCACAAUGUCAUCUUAUUUAAAUGUACCAAUUAGUAUUUUGUAAUAGGCAAAUGUCAUUUAGUGCUUUUCACCAAUCCUACUCGUCCCCGGUGCUCCGCCUUGCCUAAGAAAAGGAAAUUACAGAGAAGUAAACUUUAUUUCCUAAUAUAAUGUCAGCUGAUGUUUAUUGAGCUUUUCCUCUUUGCCCGGAGACUAGGACCCAAAGAAGUUAAGUAACUAUUCCCAGGUUUAUUUCUCUCUCAUAUAAUGUCCCAUGUGGAUGUUUGUGGUCAGUGGACAGCUUUCCACCUAGUCAUUCUGUGACCCAGGCUCCUUCCUCUUGGGGCUCUGCCUUUCUCACAGUCCAUAGAGCCCUCUUUGUUGAAAGAGCACAUAGGAAAAGAAGGAAAAGUCUGCGCGGAAAAUGUUUCUGGGUUAGGCCUGGAAGUGGUGCAUAUCUCUUCUGCCCACGUUCCUUUGGACAGAACUCCAUCACGUGGCCCACCUAGAGAGAUUUUGGGAAAUGUGUCCAGCUGUGUGCCUGGGAGGAAGGGGGCACCAUUUUCUUGAGCAGCUAGCCAGUUUGCCAUAUUUGUGUUGUUUAUUUUCCUCUUCUUGAUGUUGAAAUGGUGAAUGAGCCAUGAAGUAUUUUAGGUUAUCCACACACUAAUCGUCUCAGUGUCUUUAAUUCUGUAGCUCCAGUAUGAAUGUUAAACCUUCCCCUAGAUUCUUAUUCCUAUAUAACUAAUAGAGAAGAAAGGACAGCUUCCUAUGGGGAAGACAGAGGCUUCCUCAUAGAUGUUAGGAAUAAUCAAACUUGCCCUUGCCCUUUCACUCAUCUCAAAUUCUGGUCUUUUAAAGCAGCGUUAUAUUAAGUUGUCCUAACAUUUUAAUAUACACUACUGCUACAUUCUCCUAUUUUCUAUUAGAGGAAGUCAGAGAAUAUUUAUGGAAAUGAGGACCCAAAUUACCUUCUACAGAUGACUUUGAAAUCUUUUAUAGUUACAGGACAGAAAGUGAAAAUCAAGGUUACGUUUUCUACUUUUGUGGUAGAAAUUGAGAAGUGGGUGGCUAUGGUUCGAGAAGACCUUUCAGAAACACAGAGACUGAGUCUUUGUCUUCUAUCCUGUCUCUGCAAUACUGAGUGAAUUUCCUCAUACCCUUGUAUCAUGUUUUCCUCCCAUCUUCUAGAAGCUGGGGACAGAUUUCGAAGAGAAUUAUACAAGUUUAGUUUUUUGAUACAUGGAGUUUACAGUGUAUGCAGGUUAUUUAUGUAGAGAGGAGGUCUGGGAGAAAGAUGGAAACUAGGGAGAUGACUGAGAGCAAAGAUAUUUGGGAUUAACACAGAAGAGAAGUUUGAAACCAUGAGAUUGCCACAGAGAGCACGAAAAAAGAUAAUUCAGACACUAACCAACUUGAGAGGGUGCAGUGGUCUGAAUGUGUCCUCCAAAAUUCAUAUGUGGAAAUGUGUUUGCCAGUGAGAUAGUAUGUAGAAGUGGGGCCUUGAGGAAGUGAUUAAGUCAUGAGGGCUCUGGGAUUAAUGACUUAAAAAGAGGUGUGAGGCAGCUGUUCAGCCCUUCUGUUUCCUGUCCCUUUUUUUUUUUUUUUUUUUUGAGACGGAGUCUUGCUCUGUCGCCCCAGGCUGGACUGCAGUGGCGUGAUCUUGGCUCACUGCAAGCUCCGCCUCCUGGGUUCACGCCAUUCUCCUGCCUCAGCCUCCCGAGUAGCUAGGACCACAGGCACCCGCCACCACCAUGCCCGGCUAAUUUUUUGUAUUUUUAGUAGAGAUGGGGUUUCACCGUGUUAGUAAGGAUGGUCUUGAUCUUCUGACCUCGUGAUCCACCUGCCUCGGCCUCCCAAAGUGCUGGGAUUAUAGGUGUGAGCCACCGCGCCCGGCCCUUUCUGUCCCUUCUAACAUGAGGACCCAGCAACAAGGUACCAUCUUGAAAGCAGAAACUGGGGACUCAGCAGACACCAAACCCACUGGUGCUUAACUGUGACUUCCCAGCCUCCAGAGUUGUAAGAAAAUAAAUUUCUAUUAUUUAUAGAUUACCCAGUUGAACAUACUUUGUUAAGGCAGUACAAAUGGACUAAGACAAGGGGGAAUAAACUUGCAUUCCUGAUCUUCCCAACUUCUUCAAAUUCACAACACUUGAAUGACAGUCUUAUUUCAGUACUUAUUGCUAUCACCUAUUACUUUUAUGUGUGUCUUAUCUAUUUGAGAUGCCAGAUUCCUUGGAAGUAGAGACCGUGUCUGAAUCAUCAUUGUAUUAAACCACUCAUCCUUAACAAAUGCCCAAGAUAUGGUUAAAGUUCAAUAAAUACUUUGUUGAAUUUAUUAAUAAAAUGGCAGAAAUGUCAUUCUCUUCAAUAUAUGUUUAAUAAAUCCCUGAUAGGUGCCAAGCACUGCACUAGGUAAAAAUUCUCUUCUGAUGCUUUUUGGCCAACAAUUUUUUUCUCAUUUAUUCAUUCGCUGACAUUUGCUGAGUGCCUUGGAGGGGUCAAAAGGGGAAGUAAUGAGAAAUCAAAGAUGGUCCCUACAUCAAGGAUAAACUAUCUUUUUUUAGUCACUCAAAGUCAUAACCCUUUGGAAACAAAACCCACCAGUACCCCAGAUUUUGACCACAGGUAAAUCAGUACUACAAGGACUGGUUAGCGGGUUGAAUGAAUCUGUAUACUCAGCACUUAACACAGCACUCUGGGUAAAAGAAAAAAGAUCCUCAAAGAUAUUAGUUGGUUACAUCAAGAAAGGGCAAACCUAGGAGGUUAAUCUAUAACUUCAUCUCAGAGGAAUAGGAACUUUGGAGAUAAACAGGGUCUGCCACUUGCAAGUUGCACCAUCCUGGUUUCUCCAUCUGUAAAUUGAUUAAAACACUGCCUAUCUAAUAAGAUUAAAUAAGUUAGAAGCAUUCAGUUAAAUGGCAGCUGAAGCUAUUGUUCACGUAAAUUGUGCUUGAUGCUUUUUCUUUCUAGAUUCAAUGAUUAUUGUCAUUUUACCUCGAUAGGCCCUCAAUAGAAAUCAGUCGCACAGGGCAGAAGCCUAGGUAUUUUCACCUUAAAAUUGGAGGGUGAAAGACAUUGAGGUGAAGUAGAGAUAGAGGGUACACAGAAAAAUCGUGUAAGUAAAACUAACAUUGUUAACAUUAUUUACUGUAAGUUAUCUUUGUAAGAGUGGUAAAAUACAUACAUUAUGUGUUGUUACAUAAUUUCAUUUAAAAAAAGCAUCACUUUGUGUUUUUUUAUAUUGCUAUAAACCAUAAGGCCAGUCUACAAGGUUUGUAGAUAAAAUAGAAACAUACCUUCCUUGAAAAGCAGAAUAAAUUUCUUAAGAAAAGCAGGAAGGAAGUGUUUGAACCAUGUGUCAACAAGCUUUACUGUCAAAGCAGGCUUUUGGUAUGGAAAGAAAAAUACUUAUAAAUACUUGUUUUAAUAUUUGCUUUAUUAAAAUACAUUUAAAAUACAGCAUUUUUAAAUCUCUAAGCUCAACUUGAAGAUAUAAGAACAGUAAAUUUGAUAAAAAUGAGAAAUUACAUUCCCAUUUCUUUAACAAUUUGUAAAUUCCAAUUAUCCUGAACAUUUAAUACCACUUACAUAUUUUAUUAAUCACAUUUUCUUAAACAUUUGAUAAGAGAUUUAAUAUUUUGAUCCAGCUACCAAAAAGGCAGACUUGUGUACUUGACAGAUUUUUCUAAACACUUGACAACUCACGAUUCAAACAUAAACACAAAAUAGCAUAUCAAAAGUUAAUCACUCAGUUGGAAAGCAUUCAUACCAUAGGCUUUUAUUCAUUUCUUGAAUAAUUUUGUUAUAUCUUCCUCUUUUAGGCUGCAAUGAGCUAUAAUUGCACUACUGCACUCCACGCUGGGUGACAGAGCAAGACCCUAUCUCUAAAAAUAAAAAAGUAUAUAUAUAUAAAAGUAUCUUCUUAUUAUAAUUUAACUCAUUAAGCCAUUUAUUUAGAUGGAAACUUGCCCCCCUGACAUGUGCUAUGAAACAAAUAGAAACCUAGAAAUUUAGUGCAUAUUCAAAUAUUCAGACAGACACUGGUGUGGUGACUUUUGUCUAUUGCUUCAUUGGGACAUUUUUUCUUUCUGAUCAACUUAAUGAAAGUAUAAUUUACUAUAAUUAAGUGUAGCCAUUUUUACUGUAGAGUUCAAUGAUCUUUGAUGAAUGUGUACACCCAUGUAACUACCACCCCCAAUCAAAGUAAAGAACAUUUUCUUACCAGAAUAAAUUUCCUCUCCCUUUGCAGUCAUUCUCCCCAGCCCUAGGUCACCACUGAUCACCUUCUGUUACUGGAAGGUUAGUUUUCUUCCCUGAUUUAGAAUUUCAUAUAAAUUAAAUCAGAUAGUAUAUAUUCUUGUGUUUAGUUUCUUUAGCUUAACAUGUUUAGAGAUGCUUGCUGUUGCAUAUGUCUGUAGCUUCUUGUUUUUAUUGCUGAUUAGUAUUUCAUUGUAAUAUACCACAGUUGGUUUAUGUAUUUGCUGAUGAAUAUUUGUGUUAUUUCCAGUGUGGGAUUAUUAUGAAUAAAGUUGCUACAAGCAUUUGUGUACAA